AUGCGUUCAACUGCUGGUGUCAAGGGCUCCCAGACUCGGGACGUCAUGAUUAAUGCCCUCGACUCCUACAAUAUCCGCGUGGUGACACCUACCUCCUGCGAUAAAUACCCAGCUAAGCACCACGCGCGCAAUGUCGCCCGAAAGCUCGGUGCUUCAAGUGGCUUGAUCUUCCUUUCCGGCCAGCCAACAAUUAAUUUGCGUGACUCGGAUCAAUCGCGUCCGUUUCGACAACGGCGCUACUUCUACUAUCUAUGCGGAGUUGACGAGCCCGACUGUUCUCUGACGUACGAUAUUGGACAAGAUCUGUUAAUUUUAUAUGUGCCGGACUUCGAUCUUCACCGUGCUAUUUGGAUGGGACCAACCCUUUCACGCGAGGACGCACAAGAUCGAUACGAUGUGGAUUGUGUACGGUAUCACACCGCGCUCAGAUAUGACCUGCAAGCCUGGCUAGACGAGCGAAAACAGGGCAGUGAGCUGUAUCUUCUUCAUGAGUCGGAGAAGCCCGAAGGGUUACCCAAGGAUCUGCCACUGGAGCUUGAACAGCUUGCGCCGGCUAUGGACGCCGCCCGGGGCGUUAAGGAUGAAUACGAAAUCCGGAUGAUUCGCCAGGCCAAUAAAGUUUCAGGACUUGCCCAUCGGGGAAUUCUGGAGAACAUUCAAACCAUGCACAACGAGUCACAGAUUGAAGGAUCAUUCUUGAAUACAUGCAUCUCACACGGUGCCCGGAAUCAGGCAUACCAGAUCAUCGCAGCCUCAGGUCCCAAUGCGGCGGUUUUGCACUACGAUCGGAAUAAUGAAUCUCUCCACAAGAGACCACUCGUCUGUCUUGAUGCCGGUGCAGAGUGGAACUGCUACGCAAGUGACGUGACACGGACCUUCCCGCUUACCGGCGACUGGCCCAGCGACUACGUGCGGGAUAUCUAUAAGCUAGUAGAGCGCAUGCAAGAGGAGUGCAUCCGAAAGAUCAAAAAAGGGGUGCGAUUCCUAUCUCUCCACGACCUAGCCCAUGACAUCGCCAUCGAAGGUCUUCUAGCUCUGGGCAUCUUCAAGAGCGGCACAAAUCUCGAGAUCCGUCAAUCUGGCGCAUCCAAGGUUUUCUUCCCCCACGGCCUGGGUCACCAUGUCGGCCUCGAGGUCCAUGACGUGUCAGAGCGGUCGAUCAUGGCUCUUCACAAAGGCUUCGAUCAACAACAGUACGGGCCAAUCUUGAACUCUACCUGUCUUUCGCCGUGCACGCUCUCCGCCCCGCUGCUGGAAGAGGGUAUGGUUGUUACUGUUGAGCCGGGACUUUAUUUCUCGCCUUUGGCUUUGGCGAAUGCGCGCCGCCAGUCGUAUGCCCGAUACAUUGAUUUUGAUAUUGCGGAGAAGUACGUUCACAUUGGCGGAGUGCGCAUUGAGGAUGACAUUCUCGUUACGGCUACUGGCUACGAGAACCUCACCGAUGCUCCUAAAGGUGAGGAAAUGCUUGCCAUUAUUAGAGGUUCUGUAUGA